AUAUUUGUAUUGCCCAGCGACUGUCUAUUUCUCGUGACUCUACAGACGACGAUUUCGACAACACAGUGAUGAAGUUGAUUGGAAAUGACCGAGCAAAAGCCGUAGUAAUGUUUGUCAACGAAGACAAUUCCAAGCGCCUCCUCCGGGCGUUAAUGCGCUCAAACCGAUCCGAUACUCUGUGGUUCCUAGCUAGCGAUAGCUGGGGCGCCAAGGUACAUCCGGUUUUUGGACAGGAAGUAGCGGCUGUGGAUGCCGUUACCAUUCUUCCUAAGCGACACGUUAUAGAAGAGUUCGACGAGUACUUUCUGAACCUCUCUCCCGAACACAACACCCAAAACCCGUGGUUUGCAGAAUACUGGGAGACAAUUUUCAACUGUAGCAUCAGUCGAAAAGCAAAGACUAGGAAACGGUGCUCUGGUAAGGAGAACCUAAGGAGCCUCAGUGUUGGGUACGAACAGGAGGGACUGGUACAAUUUGUUAUAGACUCUGUGUACGCCUUAGCUCACGCUCUACACGAACUACUGGCAGAUAAAUGUAAGGGACAGUACAGACACUGUAACCUGUCGGGCAAGGAAAUCCUCGCCUACAUCAGAAAUGUCACUUUCGCAG